AUGCGUAGGUUGACAGGUCUUUUCAUAGGCAAAACCGUUUCUGGAUUUUGGACCUUUAAGGAAUGCAUAUGGUAUGAGCUGACAGACUUAAUCUUUGCAGAAAUUGAUGAUGAAGAUCAAGUACUCACAGCGAUAGAUUUGGUUUUAACAAAUCAUUUUUUAGUCAUCCUCACCAAUUUGGGUCUUUAUGUAAGUAGUGAUCUUCGUUAUCCAACCACUUCAAGGAUAAAGCUUUCAAGAGUAGAGUUUUGUGGAUUUGAAAGGAAUGACUAUAAGAAAGGAAAACUGUGGUAUAAUGAAAAAUGUUUUGCAAACAGAGAAAGUUUUGAAGUUGAUUAUGUUACUGUCACUUUCAAAAGAAACAGGACCCUCAGUGAGUCCAGUUCUUGUUUUUUCAGUAAAGAACCAUUUCUUCAAUGGUUACCUUGCGCAAUUUCUACUUAUAAAAAUGAAAGAUCCGUUCCACAUGUGAUAGCAUUUCUUAUUGAUCAAGAAACUCAAAGCGGAGUUUAUCUUUUCCAUAUGCAAGAUACCAAAGAGACCUAUGUCACUGUAGCUAUGCUCAAGGAUGGGAAACCAAGCCCUCAACCAAAAUUUCCCAGUUUUCAAUUUCCUUCCACAUUUGUUCAUCCAGUUGGAAUGGUGUUCCAUCCCCGCAGUCACUUUCUGUAUGUUUAUGGCAAUCAG